CCAAGGGAAGAAAGAAAACAGAGGCAACAGGAGAAAGCUAAAAGAUGUCGGGUAUGGGAGACGGGUACGUGGGCACGGCUCAGGACGCCGUGAGGAUCCGACGGCUUGAGAAGCAGAGAGAAGCUGAACGCCGCAAAAUUCAAGAGCUCAAGACCAAGUCCUCCUCAGCUAAGGGCCAAACCGGGCUCCUCCAAUUCGGGUCAAGUACUUCCGAGAUUCUCGAGACUGCUUUUAAGAAGGAAACUGUUGGUUUGGUUACAAGAGAACAAUAUGUUGAGAAGCGGGUUAAUAUUCGGAACAAAAUUGAGGAGGAGGAGAAGGAGAAACUGCAGAAGUUACAACAGGAGGAGGAGGAGUUUAAGUUACAAAAGCGUAAAAAGAGGAAGACCAAGGGCAAUUCCCGAUUGUCAUUUGCUGAUGAUAUGGACAAUGGAAGUGAAGAGGAGGAUGGAGAAAACAACAAUUCUGAGUCUAAGAGCUUCUGUCGUAGUAAAUUCGGCAAAGAUCCCACAGUAGAAACGAGCUUUUUACCUGACAGUGAGCGGGAGGCAGAGGAGCAAGCUGAACGUGAGAGGCUGCAGAAGCAGUGGCUUCGGGAGCAGGAACAGAUUCGAAGUGAGCCCCUUGAAAUUACUUAUAGUUAUUGGGAUGGAACAGGCCAUAGAAGAGUGAUCCAGGUUCGCAAAGGUGAUACAAUAGGAGAAUUUCUUCGGGCUGUUCAGCAGCAACUUGCUCCUGAGUUUCGAGAGAUUCGGACAAUAUCGGUGGAGAAUUUGCUUUAUGUGAAAGAAGAUCUCAUUAUUCCUCAUCAACACAGUUUCUACGAGCUAAUUGUCAACAAAGCGAGAGGCAAGAGUGGACCGGUAUGCUUGAUUUCUUUAACUUCUGUUUGCAUUAGUGCAUGUAGUAUUGCUUCAUGCUCAUAAUCUGUUAUGUACAAAAUUGCUAUUAGCAAUGACUGACACAUGGCUGCUCGAGUGGGAGACACAUGGCUGCUAGAGCGGGAUAAGUAUAAAAGUAGUUUCCUAGGAUAGAUGUUAGUAGUUGUAGGAUGUGGGGUUAGUUAAUUAUGUGGUUGUCAGAAUGUGAGGUAGUUACUUCUAACUGGGAAAGUUUUAUUCUUAAAAGUUACUUUUUCCUGUAUAAAAACAGCACCGUAUCGGAACUGGAUAUGCAGAAAAACUUGUCAAAAAAGUUUCUUGAGUACUUUAAACUUUAGGAGUUGUCGGGAUCUCUCUUAACGAGCCCAUACUAUCAACUAAAUCCCAUAAGAUCAUUAAAAAAGGACUGUAACAACAUGGUGUCGAGCCAGAAGUUAUGGGUGAUUCUUUCUCAAAACUUACCAAGAAGAUUGAGAUUGACCUUUUAUGAAGCAUGAUCUGGUGGAAGUCCCAAGACCAGGAAAUGGCAAAUUGGAUUGACAGUCGUGCUCUGUUUAGACCCCAAAAUAAGAAACAUGAUUAGCUGAUGGUGGCGUCUCUGGUGCAAACUUCACUAAAAAUCUGCACUGUAAAAGGAGAUGAAGGAGAUGGGAGAGAAGACAAAUGGCGAGGGAAAUCAAGGGAGCAAAAAAAACACACAACAUAGAUCCCUUGGCAGUGUUGUGAAUUUCUAUGAGAGCAAAGAAGACUGAGUUGGCAAGACCCUUAUGACUUACAUCAGAUGGAAAAUUCUAAUUCUCUUUAGCCCAAUAAGUCAGCUCACUUUUUGUCAUCUCCUUAUGAAAAGCAAUUAGCAUGGGCUGAAAAAGGGGAACUCAAAGUAAAGAAUCAAUUAUUGGCAAAUCAGAAUGAUUUUCUCCCAGCAUUAAUUGGCAGCCAAUCUUCUAGGAUGAUGCAACUGGGUGAACCGCUUUCCAGUAAAAAUUUCUGGUUUCCAUCAAGUUGGAAAGUACCCAUGACUUCCUCGCCUUGAAUUUUAAACUGCACAUGAUUUAUGCAACCGAUACCACUUUGCUUUCACACUACAAGGAUCUAGAAUCAGAGGUAAAAAUUAUUGAUUAAAAAGAAAAUGAUUGCUAUUCUAAAAAGAAAAAAGGCACAAGCAGAGGAAGGAUUGGCUGCUUGACGGCAGCACCGUUGGGGAGGGGUGUAUUUGUUAUGUGCCUUACGGUUACUAGAAAUGAUUAACACAUGGCUGCUUGAGUGCAUGACACUUCGCUUGGGGUUACGCAUGGCUGCUAGAGUGGGAUAAGUAUGAAGUAAUCUU